CCUGAGUUCCGCACACAGACGCUGAGAGACAGCCAUGGAGAGCGGACUGUUUUCUUUGUUAUUUUUAAACUGUUACAUUUGGCAACAAUGACAUUGCUCGUGGUGACCUGUGCCGUUUCAAAUCUCCGAUGUGCCAGAAAGCAGCAAGAAGAUUUUCACCGGAGUGGGUUUCCAGUGGAGUAAGUAGCGUUCUGGAUCUAAUAGUUUUAAAGUGUGGGCUCUACAGGGACGUAGUUUGUGGAUGCUGUGACUAUGAGCAUAAGCACCAAAGUGGGCUACUUACUGGACCUGGGAGGCAACUUCACCGAGGAUGCUCCUAGACCGCCAGUCCCAGGGGAAGAAGGUGCACUUGUGUGCAGUGAUGGACGCCACUACAGCAACCUUGGUUUCUCCUCUAAGACUGAUGGCAUCAAAUGCGACGCCUCUGUUGCUACACCGAGGCGGCCUGACUUGGACUUGGGUUAUGAGCCAGAGGGCAGUGCUUCCCCUACACCACCAUACUUAAAGUGGGCAGAGUCUCUUCAUUCCCUCCUGGAUGACCAGGAUGGCAUCCAUCUCUUUAGGACAUUCCUAAAGCAGGAGGAGUGUGCUGACAUGUUGGACUUCUGGUUUGCAUGCAGUGGCUUCCGCAAACUUGAAGCUAAUGAGAGCAAUGAGGAGAAGAAGUUAAAACUGGCAAAAGCAAUCUAUAAGAAAUACAUUCUGGACAACAAUGGAAUUGUCUCCAGGCAGAUCAAACCGGCUACCAAGUGCUUCAUCAGAGACUGCGUGAUGAAGUCUCAUGUUGAUCUUGCGAUGUUUGACCAGGCUCAGACUGAGAUACAGACUAUGAUGGAGGAAAACACGUAUCCCUUAUUCCUUAAAUCUGACAUUUAUUUGGAAUAUACCAGGACCGGGGGAGAGAGCCCAAAACUUUACAACGAUCAGAGCUCUGUUUCUGGGAAUGGAAAAGGGUUAACGGGCUAUUUGCCAAUUUUAAUUGAAGACGAGGAAUGGAGGUAUGAGAAAGAGACAGAGUGUGAUCCCGCCCCUGGAAGUCGGCUUACUCAGAAGUUGCUUAUGGAGAUGGCGCCACAGCGUGUUGUCGGCAGCACGAGAUUUCAGGAGAGUCAGGAGUACAGGCUUGCUCCAUGUCGGGAGCCCAUCAGCCCGUUCUACAUCAACACUGGCUGUGCUUUGGCUCCCGCCACCAGCGCCAAUGAUAGCGAGCAGCAGAGUAUGUCCAGCGACGCAGACACCCUUUCUCUCACGGACAGCAGCGUAGAUGGGGUUCCACCCUACAGAAACCGCAAACAGCAUCGCCGGGAGAUGCACGAAAGUGCCAAAGCAAACGGGCGAGUGCCGCUACCUCAUAUUCCUCGUACAAACCGGAUUCCAAAGGAUAUACAUGUGGAGCCACAAAGGUUUGCUGCGGAACUGAUCAGCAGGUUGGAAAUGGUGCUGAGAGAAAGGGAGGCUGAAGAGAAACUUGAGGAGCGACUGAAGAGAGUACGAUUGGAAGAGGAAGGUGAUGAUGGCAAUAUGACCACUGCCAUGCCAUUGAAUGGUCACAGGUUUCCCCCUGGUGCUUAUCAACAGACUUACAACACCCACUAUGCCGACCUCUCCUGCUGUAGUCCUCUUGUGAAAGAUGCACAUGAGGAAAACCCUGAGAGCAUCCUGGACGAUCACGUACAACGAGUCAUGAAGACUCCUGGGUGCCAGUCGCCAGGUACGGGCCGUCAUUCCCCCAAGUCACGCUCACCAGAUGGCUUGCCGGGGGGUAAGGGACUUGGAAUGGCGCAGUCAUCAUAUCAGGGAAAACAUCCAUCCAGACACGGUCUCAAAGGAGACACCAGCCAUCUGUACCACCACAAAUAUGUACAUCACAUCCACCACUCAAAUUCUGGGAAGUCCAAAGAGCAGGCGGAAGCUGAGGCUGCCGAACACGUGCACAGCACUGUUCCCUGGGCCACCGAGCCGAAUCAUUAUGGGUCAAAGUCUCGCACGUAUGCUGAUGGAAUGGUAUCAAACCCUAUGGAGCAUGUGGGUUACAGUAGCAAAGGUAGCAGCACACAGUGCAAAAGAGCUUUCAGGAAAGGCGAGGAAGUGCGGCCUCAUGACACGUCAGUGCCUGCGAAUGAGAUAGAGAGAAACCAGAAGAUUCUUUUGUGGAUGAUGGAAGGAGAGAAAGAAAUGGUUCGUCAUAAAAAGAGCCCUUAUGGGAGUAUUUCUGGGUCCAAGAAGGCCGUUGGUCAUGAAGGACCCCGGCUCAGCUCAGUGGAGCGAUCAGUCUACCCGCGGGUCAGUGCCCAGUUGCGGAACAGUGUGCAGCCAUCUCACCCUUUCAUUCAGGAUCCAACUAUGCCCCCCAACCCAGCUCCCAAUCCCCUCACACAGCUGGAGGAGGCUUGUCGACGGCUUGAGGAGGAGAAGAUCAAAUCUGGAGCCUUACAACCCAAGCAAAAGUAUGUGAUGGAAGUCAUCCAGAGAGGUCGCGCCGCAGUCAGGCCAGCUUUGUUCCCACAGCUCAGCGUGGUUCCUGCCGUUUCUGACACAGAGCUCUCCGAGCCCGAACAUAAAGCUUCUAAAAAGCAGACGUGUGAAAACAUUACUGUGGCGUAUUACUUCUGCGGAGAGCCGAUACCAUACAGAACUUCUAUCAAAGGGAGGAUUGUGACACUGGGACAGUUCAAGGAACUGCUAACAAAGAAAGGAAAUUACAGGUAUUAUUUCAAGAAGGUGAGCGACGAGUUUGACUGUGGGGUCGUGUUUGAAGAGGUGCACGACGAUGAAGCUAUAUUGCCCAUCUUUGAGGAGAAGAUCAUUGGGAAAGUUGAAAAAAUUGAUUGAAAUGCAUGCUGAAGAAGUAAAAAAAAAAAAAAAAAAAAAAAGAAGAAAAAUUGUGUGAUGGACCGAGCUGUGCCGGAUUGUGAGGAGGAGGAAGAGCUUCAUGAUGCAGAUGAGGAGGCACAGAUGAAAGUUGAAAUGAAUAGGAUCUGGAGCUGAAAAGAAACGCAGUGGUUGACUCAAUUGUCUGUUGUAUUUCAGGUGAGCUCUGCUCCGCUGCAGAAACCUUGUACGAGAGGAGACCUCAUCCACUUAUUUGGAGUGUGGUGUAGCAUUGUAAAGAAUACUAGACUCACAUAUUUUUGAUAUGAUGCAUCAGAAGGUGUGCUUUUAAAAUAACCACGCUUGUAAAUUUUUUUAUAUGUAUUGGUACUAGAUAUGUACAGUCUGUUUAAAGGAAAAAAUAAUAAUUUUAUAUCUAUUUAAUAUUUAAAAAUCUGAAUUUUCAGUCCAGUUGACGCAGGAUUGUCACGUGUUGAAGACUAUCAAAAUUUCUAAUAGGGCUGUUUUUGUUUGUAUGUUCUCACACAUUUUGCCAAUUCGUAGAAACUCUGACAUCCUUGUUCUUUCAAGUGCUUUUAAUAGUUAUUUUGUAUUCUGUUUGGUUCCAUUAUCUUUAUUAUCUGACACAGGCCACUGGCUCUUUGUAACUGGCAGCUUAAUCUUUAAAAUUACCACGCAUCA